AUGAAGGCGAAACGCCUAUCAUCCGACACAUAUAGAGGUGGUAAGAGCUACAGCAGCUUCGUCGACAUUACAUUCCACUCCGCCAACCUUUUAGGAUUGGUGGGGGAAUGGAGGGUCGAGGAGGCACUGACCAGCUCGGACCACAACGCCAUUCUGUUUGAGUUAAAAGAAACCAAAUUGAAAGGGGUAACGAUGGAAAGAACAACGAGGAUCUACAACACAGGGAAGGCGCACUGGACUAAUUUUCGUGAGAAAAUUGGCCAGCUGCUAGAAAGGGAAAAGAUGAGUGCAGAAAGCAUAGAGAAGAUAGUCAAGGAGAAUGAGUUGAACAGGGCGGUUGAGAAGUAUACAGAAAUGAUUAAGAAAGCAUGUGAAGAAAACAUACCAAAGCUAGGAAAGACUAAGAAACUUACCGUACCGUGGUGGACCCAGGAACUGGCAGAAAUGAAGAAACAGGUCAAAACUAAGAAAAGAAGAAUCAGGUGCGCAGCAGCAUCUCGAAGACCGAAAGUGGUAGAAGAAUACCUGAAAAUAAAAGAAGAAUACGAAGUUAAUAUAAAAGACGCAAAAUUAAGAAGUUGGAAAGAAUUUUGUAGUAAACAGGAUAGGGAAGGGAUGUGGGAAGGAAUAUAUAGAGUGAUCAAAAGGACAGAAGUUAGAAAAGAGGAUGUGCCUUUAAUAAAGGAAGGAAAAGUGCUGGGGAUGGAAGAGUCUGCAGAAUUAUUAACGAGAACCUUUUACCCUGAUGAUGACGAGGGCGAAGAUAAACAGGUGCACAAGGAAACAAGGGCAAAAGCGCGGUUGGUGAACGAGGGCCCCGGUGACGACCGUCCGGAGCCUCCGUUCACAGAACAUGAGCUGGGAAUGGUCCUGAGCACAUUUAACCCCAAAAAAGCACCUGGACGAGACGGACUGACCCUGGACAUCUGCAGGGAAGCAAUUAUGGCCGAACCGACACUUUUCCUCGCGCUCAUAAAUAGGUGCCUCACAAUAGGACACUUCCCCACCAUCUGGAAGGAGGCCACCGUGGUGAUACUUCGGAAGCCGGGUAGGACGGACUACACAACUCCGAAGGCGUACCGACCGAUUGGCCUGCUUCCAGUGAUGGGGAAGAUUGCGGAAAAACUCUUUGUGAGAAGAGCAAGCUGGCACAUCAUGCCAAAAUUGAGCGCGAGGCAGUACGGGUUCAUGCCGCAACGUAGCACCGAGGACGCCCUCUAUGACCUGUUGAGCCACAUAAAAAACUCUCUUCGCGAAAAGAAGAUCGCAGUAUUGGUCUCACUCGACAUAGAGGGCGCCUUCGACAGCGCAUGGUGGCCGGCCAUAAGGUGCAGACUGGCGGAGACGGGAUGCCCUAAAAAUUUGAGGAGGGUCUUCGAUGGUUACCUGAAAAAUAGGAAAGUGAAAUUGAGGUACGGGGGGAGCGAGAUAGAGAGGAAUUGUAUGAAAGGUUGCGUGCAAGGAUCCAUAGGGGGCCCAAUACUAUGGAACCUGUUGUUGGACCCCCUACUGCAAGGCCUUGAAAGAAAGGGAGUCUGCGCCCAGGCAUUCGCGGAUGACGUUGUCUUGGUCUUCGACGGCCACACUGCCCGGGAGAUCGAAGGGAAGGCCAACGCAGCCCUCGCCUAUGUUCGGGAGUGGGGCGUCAUGAACAAGCUGAAGUUCGCACCACACAAAACCAAAGCUGUGGUUGUGACUAAGAAGCUGAAGCAUGAUACCCCACGACUGAGCAUGGGCGGGGAGGGCAUUGAGGUGGUGAGAGAGGUGAGGCUUCUCGGACUAAUAAUAGACGAGAGCCUCACCUUCAACACCCACGUCAAAACCAUCUGUGCGAAGGCCCACCGGAUCUUCCACCAGCUGGCAAGAGCGGCAAAAAUUAGCUGGGGCCUCGACACGUCAAUCAUCAGGACCAUCUAUACUGCAGUCAUAGAACCCGUCCUGAUGUAUGCCGCGGGUGCAUGGGGGCAGGCUGUAAGUAAAAAGUGUGUAAGAGUUCAGUUUGACAGAAUUCAGAGAGUGUUUUUACAGAGGAUAUGUAAGGCGUACAGAACCGCAUCGCUACACUCAGUGCAAAUCCUCACAGGUAUUUUACCCAUUAACCUGAGGAUUGAGGAGGCGGCGGUCCUGUACAGGGUGAAAAGAGGUCUAAGUCCCCUCCCGUAUCUCGACGCGGACAUAGAGACAAGAGUUAGACCAAACGAACUCCCUCACCCUGCUGACGAGCCGCGUCUGACGUUUGACCAAUACAGCCUGGAACUGGGACUUGACGAACAGACAGACGCUACAAAUAUAUACACCGACGGUAGCAAGACUGAUGACGGGGUGGGUGCCGCAGUAGUGCUGCGAAGACUUGACAAAGAACUCAAGACUGUUAAAAUAAAACUGGCGACUUACUGUACUGUCUUUCAGGCCGAAAUGGUGGCGCUGCACAAGGCGGUGCAACUGGCAACGAAAGUCGCCAGCCCAAGGGUGAACCUGUGCAGCGACUCCAGAUCGGCCUUGGAUGACAUAGUGAGCGGUCGCUCCCUCAGUCCCCUCGUUGUGCAAAUUAGAGAGACCCUUGGGAGCCUCUCCAACCACAAGGAGGUGAGGCUCUACUGGAUUAAAGCACACGUGGGUCACGAGGGGAAUGAGAGAGCCGACCAGCUCGCUAAGGAGGCCGCACAUGACAAAAAGAGAAAACCCGACUAUGACAGAUGUCCAGUCUCAAAAAUAAAAAGACUUUUGAGAACCGACUCGAUUCGGCGGUGGGAGGAGGAAUAUGGAGGUGGAACAACGGCUUCCACCACCAGGUUCUUCCUUCCAACCGUCGCAUCUGCCCUUAAGGCAAUGAGAGAGGUGAGGCUGGACAGCGAACUAACACAGGCCCUAACGGGCCAUGGUGGGUUCGCCGCUUACCUCCACAGAUUUAAAUUAAAAGAUGACCCCACUUGCAUCUGUGGGGAGGGCGACGAAACUGUAUUGCACCUGUUAACUCGCUGUCCAGUUCACGCGCGAGACAGAGCUGAAAUAGAAAUGAGACUGGACAUAAACUUGACUGAAAAUAGUUUGUCGGAAAUAUUCUCCAGCAAUGAAGCGAGGCCAAAAUUAGUAAAAUAUAUAAAGAAAAUAGUACAGAAGGCAAACGCCAGAAAUAAGUAA